GGUUUUAGACCUCACUUCUAGCUACCUAGCUGCCAUCUGAACAGUAUUCUUAGAUCUUUAUUUCUGAAAGGGAUCAGCUUUCCUCAGGUGCCAUGAAGGCACUAGUAGCUUUAAUAUUGCUUGUUCAGCUUCCAAUUCACAAAGCUGCACCAGCAGCUCCCCCUGCUCCCUUAGGCUGUGAUGACCCAGAAUCUGAAGCAGCAGCAGAAGUAGCUGUGAGUUACAUUAAUGGCCACAGUCAUCAUGGAUACAAGUUUGCCUUAAACAGAAUCGACAAUAUCCGCGUGCUACCCCAGGGGCCAAAUCAUGAGAUAAUAUUUCUUGAACUUGACUUAUUAGAGACCACAUGCCCCAUUCUCAGCCCUACACCUCUUGCAAAUUGCACAGUAAGGAGCUUCACAGACCAUGCAGUUGAGGGUGACUGUGAUGUCAAACUGCAGAAGGUGAAUGGACAGUUAUCUGUACUUGCUAGUAAAUGCCACUCACAUGCAGACUCAGCUGAAGACAUUCUCCAGCUCUGUCCUGACUGUCCGCUGUUGGCAAGCUGGAAUGACACUGAGGUAUUGGCAACUGUUACAGAAUCACUCAGUGCCUACAAUGGCAAAAGUACUGGUGCCUACCUCAAGCUCCUUGAGAUUGGAAGAGCCAAAAUACAGUAUCACCCAGCGCAUGUUGUCUUUGUGGAGUUUGCUGUGGCUGCCACAAACUGCUCAGCAGAAGCUGCUAAUGUGGAGGCUUGUCACCUGCUGCCUGAUGACCAGUCUAAUUUUGGUUUCUGCACAGCAACAAAGGUUAUAAGGCCCUCACAGGACCUUGAAGUCAACUGCCAGCUCUAUGGACAUCAGCCUGGAGUUACCUACUCUCCACCAGGUCAAGCUACAUCAGGACUGGUGCCUGGAGUUGUGCAAGGCUUCACAAACCAUAAUCUCAGGCUUUCCCACAAUAACCCUCUUGCAUCUGAAUCCCUCUCUUCAGAAUUUUCUGCUUCCCUGCUUUCAGCAAAAUCUGUAGCACGAAGAGCAGUUGCAGAGGUUGCUCAGCAUGACAAAGUAGCUCGCCCAGUUGGCUUUGUGCCUCCUCCUCCUCCAUGUCCUGGGAAGAUUCGUCAUUUCAAGAUAUAGGCUAUGUUACAGACAUGGCAAUACAGCUAACUGAAAGAUCAGUGUGCAGCAGCAACACGCAGACCACAACAUCGGGUUCAAAGAGGUGAGAAUGUCUGAGCGCAAAUGAAUUUUACUCUCCAGAGAGCAGAGCCGUGGCCAGGAUCUUGCAAAGGCCUGCUUCAAAAUAUUGGUGCUUACAAUAUAUAGCUUUUGUUUUCUCUACAUACAGAGAUGCUCUAUCCAGAAUACAGAAAAUAUUGUUUCAAUGAAACUGUUGUAAGAGCUAUACAACAGUCGUAUCUUUGUGACAGAACCACCACCCGAAAGGUCACUUCACAAUAAAAUGUUCGACAGAAAUGCUCUGGUAUCUUUU